CAUUCUCCGCUCUCAAAUGAAAGCACCGUGCCGAUCGUUCGUCAGUGAGUGCUCAUCUUUCUUCCAGAGGGUCUCCAUGAUAGGGUUAAUCUACAGAGAAGCCGUUUUUUCAGAACCAGCCAGUAGGGUUUCCGCGAUUUCCUUUAUCCGUGGAAUCACGGUUUACAGAAAGAGGUCUUUCAAUUAUUUCACUGAAUCAGAACCCGUGGGCAAUCUACCUCGGCAUCCCCCGUACGAAAAUUGAAUUGAAUUAGUCAAUCGCUGGAUGCAUUUAUUUUAAGGAUAGAUGGAGCUUUCUCUUUACACGAGCUGAUUCCAAACACGCGCUGGGUUGUCCUUUAAAUCUAUCUUUUGAGAUGAUGCGAUAGUGAUUGUCCUCAAUUGCGCUUAGUUUCUGGCUAAUCGAAGAGGCUGUAGUUUGAAACCAUGGAUGAAAACGCGUGGGCUUCCUUCCGUAUGUAGCAGUGAAAACAGACAACUUAAACAAACUGAAAAAUUAAAGGGACAACUUUUACUCACAGAAAAACAAAAGAUAAAAUAUUUGUUUCGUGGGAUGCUCGUGACUGAAGUAGCGGAAGAUUCCCAGUGGGCUGUGGAAAAAGCUCCAGAAUAUGGGCGCAAAUCACUCCCACAAAACUCCUGUGUUUGAUGAGAAUGAAGACGUUAACUUUGACCACUUUCAGAUCCUCAGAGCCAUUGGGAAGGGAAGUUUUGGGAAGGUCUGCAUCGUGCAGAAGAGAGACACCAAGAAGAUGUACGCCAUGAAGUACAUGAACAAGCAGAAGUGCAUCGAGAGGGACGAGGUCCGGAACGUCUUCAGGGAGCUGCAGGUCAUGCAGGGCCUCGAGCACCCCUUCCUGGUCAACCUCUGGUACUCUUUCCAAGACGAGGAGGACAUGUUCAUGGUGGUGGACCUUCUUCUUGGGGGGGACCUGCGAUACCACCUACAACAGAAUGUACAUUUUAAGGAGGAGACUGUGAAACUCUACAUCUGUGAAUUAGCUCUGGCCUUGUACUACCUGCAGUGUUGUCAUAUCAUCCACAGAGACAUAAAACCUGACAACAUUCUCCUAGAUGAACACGGCCACGUGCACAUCACAGAUUUCAACAUUGCCACUGUGCUGGGGGACUCAGAGAAAGCCACAUCCAUGGCUGGGACCAAGCCCUACAUGGCUCCAGAAGUGUUCCAGUCCUUUAUAGACGGAGGUCCUGGUUACUCUUAUCCUGUGGACUGGUGGUCUCUAGGGGUGACGGCAUACGAGCUGCUACGUGGAUGGCGGCCGUAUGACAUCCACUCCAGUACUGCGGUAGAUGACAUCAUCAACAUGUUCCGUGGUGAGCGUGUGCACUACUCCUCCACAUGGUCCAAGGGCAUGGUAUCUCUGCUCAGGAGGCUCCUCGCCAAAGACCCCGAGUGCCGCCUCUCCAGCAUGGCCGACAUCCAGAACUUGCCCUACCUGGCCGACGUCAACUGGGAUGCCGUCCUGGAGAAGGGCACGCCUCCUGGCUUCGUCCCAAACAAAGGGAGGCUGAACUGCGAUCCUACCUUUGAGCUGGAGGAGAUGAUUUUGGAGUCCAAACCGCUACAUAAGAAGAAGAAGAGGCUGGCAAAGAGCAAGUCACGUGACGGAAACAAAGAGGCCUCCCCACUGCCCGCCCACUUGCAGCAGUGCCUGGAAACAGUGCGUGAGGAGUUCCUCAUCUUCAACAGAGAGAAACUGAAAAAACAGGCAACCGGUGUCCAAGAGGCCAGCACGGAGAGCCGGCCGGCCUCACCCGCCCCCACGAAAAUGGAGGAGGGGCACAACAAUAACACAGUCCAGCCUUCAGAAGAGACUGCUGUUGACAACAGCUAGGCUGACAAGGCCGAAUGAGGGGUGACGAACCUUUUGAAAAAAAGAAACAACGGCAACUGAAAAAUGGGCCCCUCCAGCUGUUCCUGUGCAUGUGAUCCCUUUUGCUACAACGAAGAAAAAAAUCCAGCGAUACUCAAACUGAUUACAGUGUGAAGGUGAAUGAUGUCACCCAACCUGACCGGGACAUCAUAUACUUUGACUAUGACAUCACCCAGCAGGCCAUUGCUUAAUUCCAAGCUGCGUGGAGAGAGAUAAAAAAAGAAGUAAAAUUCAUUAGUUACAAAGUUUUAUUUGGCACCUGAAGCCGAAGCCACCAUUUUCUAUUGACCAAAUACUGCUUUUCGCGUAUGACUGUGUUUCUGUGAAAAAAGACUGUGUGUGUGAACUUCAUGUUUUUGGUAAAACACACAUUCUCUGUCAUCACACUAUGACUACCACAGCAAGUUCCCCUUCUAAAGAAAUCGCUUUCACUGUUAGAAAAUGGCCUUUUUAAAUCGACCAAGAUGGGGGGGUAAGUUGUGCAGAAAUUAAAACUACUUCCAAUUGCCUUAAUGCACAUUUUGACUUGUUUUGCAUUUUUCCAAAUUGCCGCCAAGUUAUACUUUUUUUAUAAGGUAGACUAUUUCCAUGUGCAUAUGCUAAUGUUCAUAAGGCACUAAGAACAAAAUUGCGACUCACGCAAAUGGAAACAUACCUACUAUGUGGCAUACACCCACACUGUUUACUGAGUGAAAAAAAUGUAUAUCGAUGCCAAAGCCUUUUUGUCCAGCACCAUAAAUUACAAUAAGAGUGAAUCUAUGAGUCUAUCUAUAAUCUAAUGCAGAGGGCAUGACAAUAUGAUUAUUUAUACUGGAUGAAUUCCCCUCAGUUUCAGUACAGUACACACAUAUAUUGGCUUAUAAUACAAGCAAUAUAUCUGUCAAUUAAUUGACAGCUCAGUAGCAUUACCUUAGUUAGUGAAUGUAAAUAUUUACAUCUGGUUGCAAGUCUGGAUUUAUAUUUCUAACAUUUUGGUAUAUAACAAGAGUUAUUCCAUGAUGAAAACUUGAUUUAAAAUGAAGGACUGAUCUCUAGCUUUGGAGGAAACCAAUAUGUUCCCCAUACUGUGUCUGUGUUUGUAUGGCCAAUUGUCUUCUAUUGGUUUCAAUAGCAUGAAGUAGCUUGACAAAAAAGUAUAUAUCUCCUUCCCAGCAUCCUCAGCUUUGUUGAGGUGGUAGUAGCUCUGAAUUGCCAGAAUAAAGUAAGUCUUACUACUGUACAUCUUUCCCCCACACUCUGUGUACAUGUUAAUAUAACAUUUCUAAAAAUGAUUUUGUAUGUCCCUUUUUAGGAACAAGUUUUUGAGAUACUCUUCUUCAUUUCCCCCUGUUCGGAAGGCCUUGAUGCACAAUUUGACCUGUUAUUACUGCCUCUCAGUAAUGUGCAUAAAAUAAGACACAGCACAAAGUAAAUCUAACAGCGUAUGCAAUUUA